UUUUUUUGUUUGUUUGUUUGUUUGUUUUUUUUUUUUUUUUUUUUUUGUUGCAGCUUGCUGUAUCAGUGCCGGUCGCGUGGCUUCUUUGUGUACGGCAGCUGCUCCCAAAUGCAUGGGCAAACACAGAGGCUUGGCACGUCUUGAGGGCUUUAAAAUACAACAACACCAGCCCUGAAGAAACAGCUACCUGUAUAUCACCGGAGACAGAGCGACCUAGUGUACCUGUAUAACUGAGUUCUGAAACUACUGUAAAAAGGGGGAUUCUACUGAACACAGCUCCGUCUGCACAGCUUUAAAAAAUCACACUUCGACUGCACAGCGACUGGAGCAACAUACCUAGCACUCACUUGAAUGUGGAUAUAACAAGAACGAAGAAACAAGAAAAGGGAGAACGCACUCUUGAAAAGCAGUUACCCAGAUUUGCAAAUUAAAAUAAAUAAAUAAGUAAAUACAAUAAGAGUAAAAAAAAAAAAAAAUGGAUGUACGGUUUUAUCCAGCUGCUGCAGGGACCGCUAUAUCAGGAGAGCCGCCUAACCUGGAUUUUUCCCAGUGCCUAGGGUACUACAACUAUAAUAAGUUUGGGAACAAUAACAACUACAUGAACAUGGCGGAAGCAAAUAAUGCGUUCCUUGCGGCUAGCGAGCAGACGUUCCAUACCCCUAGCCUGGGCGAUGAGGAGUUUGAGAUCCCCCCCAUCACCCCACCUCCGGAGACGGAGCACGGACUCGGCAUGGCUGACGGGGUGUCCCACUUCCCAGGCCUGCCCGGCCCUCGGGCCACGUAUGGAAGCGAGUUCACACCCCAGUUCCCCCCUCAGAGCCUCGAGCUGCCUUCUAUUACAAUAUCUCGCAACCUCCUGGAGCAGGAGCGUGUUCUCCUGAACAAUGGACUGCCAGGGAACCUCAGCCAUCUCCACAGCCACCACUAUCGCCAUAGCCCUUCCAUGGUCAUCAGGCCUGUCGGCAUGAACAGUGCUUCAGGAGGGAUGAUGUCACAGAAUCAGCUGACCACCAUCAACCAAUCUCAGCUGAGUACUCAGCUGGGUUUAAACCUGGGGGGCCCAAACAUUCCACACACCUCCCCCUCCCCACCAGCCAGCAAAUCUGCAACCCCCUCUCCUUCGAGCUCCAUCAACGAGGAGGAUGCAGAGGAAGGGAACCGGGUUAUCGGUGAGAAAAGACCAGCCCCGGAUUCCGUGAAGAAGCCCAAGACGCCAAAAAAGAAGAAGAAGAAAGACCCCAACGAGCCACAGAAACCCGUGUCUGCAUAUGCCCUGUUCUUCAGGGACACACAGGCUGCUAUCAAAGGACAGAACCCCAAUGCCACCUUCGGGGAAGUGUCCAAGAUCGUGGCCUCCAUGUGGGACAGCCUGGGAGAAGAGCAGAAGCAGGCCUAUAAAAGUAAAACGGAAGCUGCCAAAAAAGAAUACCUAAAAGCUCUCGCAGCCUACAGAGCGAGCCUUGUGUCAAAGGCUGCUGCGGAGUCAGCCGAGGCGCAGACCAUCCGCUCUGUCCAGCAGACCCUGGCGUCCACCAACCUCUCUCCGUCUCUCCUCCUGAACUCCUCCCUCUCGCAGCACGCCUCUGUGUCGGCCGCUGCCCUUGCACUUCAGCAGGGCCUCCCCAGGGCCAUCGCCCCCAAACCACUGCAGAUGAGGCUGUCGGGCAACCAGAUCGUCUCCUCGGUUAGCAGCGCACCUCCCAACAACAUGCCGUCAAGCAUCUCCACACCCUUGAUGAGCCAGAUGGGGGCACCGAUGGUGGCGACGCCCACCGCUGCUUCUCAGAUGAGCCCCCCCAUGGGGAGCCCCCAGCAGCACCAGAUGCAACACCUGCAACAGCAGCAGCAGCAGCACCAGAUGCAGCAGCACAUGCAACAUCAGCAGCUGCAGCAGCAGCAGUUGCACCAUCAGCAGAUUCAGCAGCAGAUGCAACAGCAGCAUUUUCAGCAUCACCUCCAGCAACAGCUGCAGCAGCACCAGCAACACCAGCACCACAUGCAGCAGCAGCAGAUCCAGCAGCAUCAGCAGAUUCAACACAUGCAAAUGCAGCAGCAGCAAAUGCAUCAGCAGCAAAUGCUUCAGCAGCAUCAGCAUCAGCAAUCCCUGCCGUCUCCCCCGCAGCACUCCCCUGGAACUCCACAGUCAGUAGGGAGCUCGACGCAGAUAAACACAACAGCACUGGGUAGUCCGCAGCAAACCAUGCAGCAGCAGCAGCAGCAGCAGCAUCAGUCCCAAAUACAAGCGCAGGCCCAGUCUCAAGUGUUGUCACAGCAGGUCAGUAUCUUCUAAGCCAAAACAUUUAUUAAUAAAUAAAUAUAUGAAAGAAGAAAAAUAAAAGCACCAGCCGGGUUGCUUUUUCUAAGUUGCACUUAAGAAGUGUGUAAGUUUUACAGAGAACUGUCCACUGUUGUCGACAGAUACUGUAUGCAGGGAUGCAUAAUGGAACAAAUAGGGAACCAAAUUUUGUCUAUAAAAUAGGCAGUGUAUAGAAACUGCGGGUUUGUUUUGUUUUCGCCUCAGUGUUUUGAUAACGACUCUGGCACGCCACAAAGACGAUGUGCUGUAAUGUUCACUGGGAGACUCAUUGGUAUUCAUGAUGAAGCAUUAUUUGGAAGGGUGUUGGUAACAAUUCUGCUAAACUGGACUGGACUGUUACAAUGAGUUUGGACAAUCACGCCUCAAGACGAGAACACACCUUGAAAGACAAGCAGGAGCUGUGACUAGUGUGUAGGUAGUACACUGUUUUCAUCAAACGAAAUGCACCGCACCAUCAAACAAAAUGCGUGGAAACUGGAGUUUGGUUUUAUUUAUAUACCGGGAUGUUGUACAGGUGAUAUUUUGUCAACAUUCUAGAUGCCGACAUUGCUUAAUAGAGACUAUUAUAACUCCCACUUCAUUGGUCCUCAUUCCAUUCAUCUCUUACACCGAAUCACAGUGCCAGUUCAACAGUCAGCUCCAGCCUUGCAGGAGGUCAAAAGAAGAACACUAUGUGCAGUUGUACAGCCAGGUGGAAGCAUGGACAGACAAGGCUGACCUUGGAGGCCCUAGAAGUCAUUCUAUGUCUUUUAAAAUGUGAUGUGAAUCUACUGUAGGUGACUGAGGGGGGUGGGGGUGGGUAAGACGCUGUCCAUUUCCAAGUAAAGUGUUCUCCAGCGCAUUCAGAAUGCAUACACAGCCAGGCACACCCUCUUGGUUUUAUUUCUUAUUUUGUGCAAAUGUGAAUAUUUUGUUAUGUGUAAACUAUAGGCGCUAGGCUGAUAGUUUCAUGUUAACUGUAUUUUUUAAAACCAGAUGGUCAUUUGUUAAAUAAAAAAACAUUUAAAAAUAAAAACUGUAGAAAACUAUUUUGAUGCCCUGUAUAUGCCAAUUUAAAUAGGCAAUGAUAUAAUUUAGUGCCAGCUGUAAAGAAUUCCUUUAAAAAAAAAAAAAAAAGUUGUACAUUUUUCAUAACACAUGGUGUAAAGUUUUCACAUGAGGCUUUAAUGUAAACAUUGGUAACAUGGACUGUUGAUUGCUACAUCUCAGUGUGUUUUAUGCUGUUUUAUACUUUUUUUUAUGAGUUACUAUAGCAGCAAUUCUGUUGUUUGUGUUUUGCUUAACAGAAACAUAAAUUCUUGCUUUUUUUUUUAUCUUGCUAUAGAAUAAAUACAUUUCAGUAAAACCCAACUGUUUUUGAGCUCUUACUAGAAAAGCUUAUUUAAAAAAAAAAAUGCACAAAAUGAUUUCACUUAACCUGGGAAACAGCUAGCUUGAUCAUAUAACUGUCCUCCUUCUAGGUGUAGAUGAUGCACUUCUUGUAGCAAUGCAUAUCAGUGAUGGAAAUAAGACUCCCAUUGCACAGCAGUUUGAUCCAUCCCUGGAUUUACUAUGAGUUUUAUAAGAGUUACCUAAGCUUGCUACCUAUACAGUGUGGCUAAUCAACUUCGUAUUAAAACCUGGAUUGGCUGAAACUGCUAUGCAAUAGGGCUCUUAUUUCCACCCCUGCAUAUUUGCAACAGUACAUUUAGCAUGCUUACUGGGGUCCAUUCUAAACAUCCAUGUCAAUAAGCUAAAGUUGUGAUCCCUGGUGGGGAGACUGUAUUAACUUGUACCAUCUUGGAUACAUAAGCCUCUGCCAGCCGAGUGUCUGCUGCCUGUCAGAUCAGAUCAGAUCAGCUCACUGCCUAUCAUGACUCAAUUGCAAAAGGGAGAUGCAGAUUUUAUACGCUUCUGUAUGUCAGGAAUACAUUUGCAUAAAACGUUUAUCAGUCACGUGAGGGGCGGUGCCUUCGCACAAAAGUGUGCACUACAUGUAGUAGGGUUAAAGUAAUUCAUUUUUGUCUGACCCUUGUAUAUACUGUGUAUACGUUGAAUCAAUUGAAGCAUACAGAUAAUAAAAAACUAAACUAAACUUAAAACCAAACAAGAUCCAAAGCUUGGUGAAAUACUUGCUAUUCCAAAAUGACGUUUAAUUUUCUUACACUAAUGAUUAUAUUUUCAGUGUAUCUAUAAACUGUAAAAAGGGAGUUUAGGGGUGGAAAAAGAAUGCAAACAGUGUUCAGUCUUAAGAAACAUGUAAAGCUUCUGGAAGUCCCCAGUGGAAACCCACCAUGUCUGUUGAAAAGGUUUGUGUUGCUCACUGUUGUAAAUAAAAGCAAGCGCUGCUCUGGCGUGUU